CUCGUGAGGUCCCGCCGGAUCCCCCAGAUUUGGAUUCUACUGUUAAGUCAUCAUGGGCUUCAUCCAACUCCUGAGGAAAAAGAAGGAACUUAUUCCUUUGGUGUUUUUCAUGACCGUGGCAGCGACUGGAGCUUCGGCAUUUGCUAUGUAUUCCCUUCGAAAAACCGAUGUGAUCCUUGAUCGAAAAAGAAAUCCAGAACCUUGGGAAACUGUGGAUCCUACUGUACCUACAAAGCUUGUAACAAUCAACCAAGAAUGGAAGCCCAUUGAAGAGUUGCAGAAGGUCCGAAGGGCAACCAGGUGACCAGUCCUCGCCUUUUUCUUCCAAAGAGUACUCUAUGAAUCUAGUGGAAACACUUCUGCACAAACUAGAUUAUGGAUACCAGUGUGCGGAAAUGCUUCUGCUACAUUUUUAGGGCCUGCCUACGUUUUUGGACUCUGGAUAAGGAAUUAUAAAGGUAGCACAGCAUAACCACAUA